UACGUCUACCAUCAUGAGUGUGAUUAAACCAGAAAUGAAGAUCAAGCUGAGUAUGGAAGGCGCUGUAAACGGGCACAAGUUCGUGAUUACAGGGGAAGGAAGAGGCCAGCCUUUCGAGAAUUUACAUCUUCUUACGUCUUUGGUUUCUUGUUUGUGUUUUCGCGGAAAACAGACUAUGGAUCUGACAUUCACUGACGACGGACCUCUGCCAGAUCAACAGAAGAAGACCGUGAAAUGGGAGCCAUCCACUGAGAAAAUGUAUGUGCGUGAUGGAGUACUGAAGGGUGAUGUUAACAUGGUUCUGUUGCUUGAAGGAGGUGGCCAUCACCGAUGUGACUUCAAAACUACUUACAAGAAAGAUUUUACAAUUUGAAAUAUGCGUUUAAGAUAUUGUUGACUCACAAUAAGGAAUGAACGACGAAAUUUCAUCAAGACAUAAGUAAUUUUUAGUGAUCACUGUUAGAGUGGAUCAGUGACUGAAGCUCCGACUGCUAGAUUAUGGACAACUCAUGUCGGGAUUGGUGUUGAACACGACUUCAAAGCUAUCUGAAUCUCAAAGGCAAGAUCCAAUUAGUUACCCAGCAAACAAACUUACCUACAACGAAAUAAACUUGACUUUUGUCAGGGUAGUCAACUUCGGAAGCUGGCAACAAUAAGCGCGAGGAGUUUUCACUUUUGAAACGGUAUUGUAUUUGUUAUAUGCUGAUCGAUGCACCGUGUCCAGCGUCACUAAUUCGAGUUCAUUUGCUCCUUUGCAGAGCUAAGAAGGUUGUCCAGUUGCCAGACUAUCACUGUGUGGACCAUCGCAUUGAGACUACAAAAACAACACGACAAAGAUUACAACAAGAUUAAGCUGUAUGAGCAUGCAGAAGGUCAUUCUGGGCUGCCAAGGCAGGCCAAGUAAAGGCUUAACGAAAAGCCAAGACGACAACAAGCAGAAGAAAAGUUGUUGUUGUUGCUCUUAAUGUUGUUUUUUAAUUUAAUUUAAAGCCAUUUACUCGAAAUAAGUGUUUGAUACUUUCAGUUUAAGGAUUUCUUUUGGGACUUGAUAAGCACUAGCUUCCAUCUUGUUGUGGAAUUACAGCUGUAGUGAAAUACAAGUAAGAAAACAAUAGUGAGAAUAAGCUUGUUGUCGAAACCAGGUUUUGUAGAGUGUUCUUAUCAUAGAGUACCGACUUUCCAAAGAUUUUGAAUUGUGUUCCUUCCCCUUCUUCUCACCUUUUCUUUGUUUUAAACCAUCAAAUACGACAAGAAUGGUUCAAGAUUUAAAAAGUGUUUAUGAAGUUGCGUGAUUCUCUACGUGAUCUGUAAUUACUGACGAAUUUUGCCCCGUCAUUUUGGGACAUCGGGGCUCGGUCCUGAAACCUAUACUUACGAAUAUGCUUUAGCAGUGAUGGGCUCCUGGCUUUAGUUGAUUUUCCAACUUCUAGUAAAUGCAUGCAUUAUUUGAAGAACUCAAAGAAAGAAAGUUCUGUGAUGUGUCCUUUAUAUAUAUCAAUCCAAUUUUAGUUCAGGAUAUUUAUCUCAAUUUGGGUGCUGCCUCGAUCCUGUUGUGAACCGCUUAUUUGAUCAACCUUAGGUUUCU